UCCUCUCCUCCUCCUCCUCUGAAACGGGAUGUGAUGUAAAUACACAUUAUCUUUUUUCUGUGUGUUCCUCUCUUUGGACUGUGUAAAAAAAACAACAUUUUUUUUCACGUCCUUCCAAACUCACAGUUUCAGGAAAAGUUGAAAAGGUGUUUAUAAGGAGUCAGAAAAGAAGGGAAAAGACCCGCCGCAGAGACAAAAGUGACCGUUGGUUUUUUUCCACCAUGAUCCUGUAGCUGCUCCGCCUGGACUCCGACAACAGCCCAACGAGCUGCCGCCGCCGGGGCAGGAAAAAAACAACCGGAAAGGAGCUCCUGCUGCCGCCGCUGCCGCCGCCGCCGCUGCUGCUGCUGCUGCUGCUGCCCUGCGGACAGAGAUGUAGCGUGUGUGCUGGUGUGAUCGGUGGACCAUCAUGCACCUCUUCCUGCUGCUGAUCCUUCAAGCUAUAGCAGCCUUUGGACAGAUUGACCCCACACAUUGUCGAUAUGCGUUGGGCAUGGAGGAUGGGCGGAUCAAAGAUGAUGACAUCACAGCAUCCAGCCAGUGGUAUGAGACAACAGCACCACAUUACGCCAGGUUCAAUCGUGAGGAGGGCGAUGGCGCGUGGUGUCCUGAGGGACAGCUGGAGCCUUCAGACAGUCAGUACCUGCAGGUUGACCUAGGCAGGUUGACCUUCUUGACAGUGGUGGGGACUCAGGGACGAUACGCCAGAAACUCUGGGAAAGAGUACGCCCGAGCCUACCGGCUCAACUACAGCAGAGAUGGUCUGCUGUGGAAGUCCUGGAGGAACCGCCUGGGAAACCCAGUGAUGGACGCUAACAAAAAUGCCUACACCUCCGUCAUCAACGACCUUCAUCCUCCGAUUAUCACUCGCUACAUCCGUCUGAUCCCCGUCACCAAGCUGUCGACCACCGUCUGCAUGAGAGUGGAGCUGUACGGAUGUCCAUGGGAUGAUGGUCUGAUCUCCUACAGUGCUCCAGAGGGUCAGCUCAUGAUGCCGCCUGGUUAUCCAAGUGCCAGCCUCAAUGACUCCACGUACGACGGAGCACACGAGCGAAGGAGGCUGUUUGGUGGACUGGGUCAGCUGACAGACGGCGUAAUUGGCCUGGACAACUUUCUACUGACGCGCCAGUACAACGUAUGGCCAGGCUACGACUACCUGGGCUGGAGGAACGACUCGCUGGGAACUCAGGGAUACGUUGAGAUGGAAUUUGUGUUUGACCGGCAGCGGAACUUCACAUCCAUGAAAGUUCACAGCAAUAACAUGUUCUCCCGUGGUGUCAAGAUCUUCUCCUCCGUGUCUUGUUGGUUUAAACCCCGUCUCAUUGCCGGCUGGGAGGUAGAGCCUGUGGUGUUCAAGACAGUGCUGGACGACAGGAACCCGAGUGCCCGUUAUGUCACUGUGCCUCUGAACCGCCGCACCGCCAAGUCUCUGCGCUGCCGCUUUUACUUUGCUGACGUUUGGAUGAUGUUCAGUGAGAUCUCCUUUCAGUCAGAGGACACCAUACUCCCGACCCAAAUGACCCUGGUGGUGACUUCCCCUCUGGCCAGUGAGGAGAGCACUGUGACACCAAUACCAGAGACAGCAGCUAAUCCAUCUGCAAGUGUUCCUCCAGAAGGGAACACAGCCAUUCUGAUUGGCUGCCUGGUUACCAUCAUCCUGCUGUUAGUCAUCAUCAUCUUCCUCAUCCUGUGGUGUCAGUACGUCUGUAAGGUGCUGGAGAAGGCUCCACGUCGCAUCCAUGAUGAGGAAAUGACAGUUCGUCUGUCAUCCUGUAGUGACACCAUCAUCCUGCAGACCCCCCCUGUGCCCCCCCGCUCUGGACACGGCCCUUCAGGCCCUGCCAACACUGACCCUCACUAUGAGAGGGUUUUCCUGCUGGACCCACAGUACCAGAACCCAGCGAUGCUGAGAAACAAGCUGCCAGAGCUGUCACAGAGUGCAGAGGCUUCAGCUCUUCUCCUUGGUAAUCCUCUCUAUGACCUGCUGACUUCCUGUCACAUGGCUGGCUGGCUGUGUGCAUGUGGAGGAGGUUACGCUGAGCCUGAUGUCACCCAGUGCACCCCACACCAGUGUUUCCAUAACAACGCGCCACACUAUGCAGAGACAGACAUUGUGCGUCUGCAGGGUGUCACUGGCAGCAACAUGUACGCUGUCCCCGCUCUCACUGUGGACUCUCUCACCAGGAAGGACAUCUCUGCUGCUGAGUUCCCACGGCAGCAGCUGAUAUUCAGGGAAAAGCUGGGGGAGGGGCAGUUUGGAGAGGUCCACCUGUGUGAGGCCGAGGGUCUCCUAGAAUUCCUAGGGGAGGGGUCUCCCCUCCCUGACAGAGACGGCCAUUCUGUGCUUGUCGCUGUAAAACAGCUGAGGGCCGACGCCACCAGCCAAGCCAGGAAUGACUUCCUGAAGGAAAUUAAGAUCAUGUCUCGCCUGAACGACCCAAACAUCAUUCGACUGCUCUGUGUGUGCGUGUCAUCUGACCCGCUGUGCAUGGUCACCGAGUACAUGGAGAACGGAGAUCUCAACAUGUUUCUGUCACAGCGGGAGAUCGAGAGCACGCUGACACAUGCCAACAACAUCCCUUCAGUCAGUCUGUCCAACCUCCUCCACAUGUCAGUGCAGAUCGCAUCAGGGAUGAAGUACCUGGCAUCUCUGAACUUUGUGCACCGGGACCUGGCCACUAGGAACUGCCUGCUGGACCGACGCCUCACCAUCAAGAUUGCUGACUUUGGGAUGAGUCGAAACCUAUAUAGCAGCGACUACUAUCGCAUCCAGGGCCGGGCGGUGCUUCCCAUACGAUGGAUGGCCUGGGAAAGCAUCCUGCUGGGUAAGUUCACCACAGCCAGUGACGUGUGGGCAUUUGGUGUAACCCUGUGGGAGAUCUUCACUCUGUGUAAGGAGCAGCCCUACAGCUUGCUAUCUGACGAACAAGUCAUAGAGAACUCUGGUGAGUUCUUCAGGAACCAGGGCAGACAGAUUUUUCUUUAUGCCCCUCCUCUCUGCCCACCAUCUCUCUUCGAGCUAAUGAUGCGUUGUUGGAGUCGAGAUAUCCCCAACCGACCCUCCUUUGAGGGACUUUUUCAAGCCUUGAGGCCCCACGUUAAUCAGUGAGCUGGGGUCGCUGGGAUGUACCAUUCUGAUACUAUUUGUUGUUAACACGUUUGUUCAUCUCUGGAAAGGCAAUAGAUUGACAUGAGAAGCCGAUGGUCUUGUAUUGUGUUCCAAGAAAUUAGGAAACUGGCAGAGACUGUGGUCAGAUGGUUAGUUUGCUUUGUGGAAAUGAUAGCACACUAUGAGAUGGAAUAGAAAAUGGCUUGAAACAUUUCAUGUGGCCAGAACCUUUCAGUCAUAGUGAACACAGACUUCUCAAUGCCAGUUUCUUAGUUUCUUAGUUUCAUCCAUCUUUGUAAAUCCUCUUUGACCAAAAUGUUGUGUCAGACCUUGUGACUCACUUCUUUUUUAUGCAGUGGUGUCAGAGCUAUCACCAUCUUUAUUUCCUUCUUCACAAAUUCUUCAGUCCUGGUAGUUUCUCCUGUCGGUGAGAUUUUUAUGAAUAUUAUUAUUGUAAAGCACUGUGUCUGUGUCUCAAUUAUUCUUGUUCAUAUAUUAACCCACACUGGAGAUAGGGUUAGGGUGAAACUGUAGUGUAGGAUUUGUCUAUUUUAUUUUUUUCUUGGUUAAUUGUAUUUCAUUUGUUUGAUCUUUCUAGUUGAUAAAUGUUGUUCAGAGGGGGUUCUGCCAAAAGGCUGUGUUGAAACCUCUGUGUUUAUUUGGAGAAGAAGAAUAAUAUCAAAUUAUAAGAAAACACCAGCUGUGCCUUUUUUGUUGCCAAAGACAGGAAGAAGAAGAUUUUCUUCCAGGUGACUUACUGUUGUAGAAAAAGUGGUUGUCUACCAGUGAGAAGUGAAGUAAUGUUGGCAACUCAAAUACUGAACCCAACCUAAAGUAUAGUACAGAGAUUUUAUAAAAUCAUGUUAACAACUUAUCUUUGUGUCCAACUGUGUCUUGUAAAUUGGGUUCCAAACAAGGAAACGUAACUUUUGUUUUUAACAUAUCACUAAUAGUGACCUUGACGUACAACAAAAACUUGCAAGUUGUCCAUCAAUCAAAUGAGUUCAAGAUCAGUUCAACAUCACACUUUAUUAUUAUACCUAUUAUUUACCUGGCCAUUUCAUGUCACCGAUUCAGAGACCUUCUGAACAGACACUCUAAAGAGCCUGGACCUUGUCGUCUGUCCACUUAGGUCAUAGGUCCUUUUCUUUUGCUCCAUAUUUUUGAAAUGAAUAUGACUUCUUUUAAGGGUCUUGUUUAAAGGUGGGUUACAGCUGCACUGCCUUAAAUGGCUGUAAAAUGUGUUCCACCAAUCAGCGUCCCUCAGCAAACAGCCCCACCCUUCGAGAGUUCCUGUAACCUAGUCCUUAGUCGUGAGUACGUCGGCUUCUUUGGGUGAAAAUUUGGGGUUGAGGAAAAGUUUUUCAAAAUCCCUGGUAAAUGAGAAAAGUUCCUGCGGUAGAAAAGGUGAUUGGACCAGCUUCCUUCUGCCGUGUGUCCGCCCACUAUGUUCCUUAUUAAAACAUAAUUAAGGAGGCAGUUUAGUUUGAAUUACAGUGUUUUCUGACCUGACCAUCAGAACCAAGGUCCAAACUAAGUUUCAUACAGUAUCUUUGUAACUUUAUAUACAUUAGUUCCAAUGAAGCUACUGUGUUAACAAAUCACUGCUGCACAUUUUCUUUUCUUCAAGGACAUUUAAGAAAAGGUAUAUUCUAUUUUUAAUUAGCACUACAGGUGUCAACAAGCCAUUCGUGAAAUCUGCAAUAAACAGAUUUUAACUGCAUAGCAUUUGAAAAAGUCUUGUGGAACAAAAUAAAUAUAGAGCUGUGGACUUUACAGUUGUCACCUCUUGCAGACUUUGAUCGAUCUGUGGAAAGGCAAAUGUAGAAAAAGAGAUGAUCAUGAUGAUGUGUGUUCCAUACAUGUAUACAUGAGAGUACAUUUAAUGACGUUUUUGCAAAUGUUGAUGGAAACACUGAGGCUUAUUUGAUGUGUAUUUUCCCAGUUAAACAUCAGAGACAUUAGUUGCUGACACUUGUGAGACAGAAGUGUAGUACAAACAGUGAGGAAAAUAUAGUGCCAUUAACAAUGGAGCUAGUGUUAGUUAUUACAAAGUGAUGAUAGAAAAGUGUUAACCAGCUCUUUGUGUUAUCAAGCCAUCAGUUUACCACGUUUGCAGCAUUGCGUUAUUUUCCCACUUUCACUAAGUAUUUGUUUAAUUGAACGUUUUCAUAUAAAUGCUGAAAUUGAAUUUGUAAAAUGGCUCAAACCAAAAUCACAUUGACAGGAAACAAUAGGAAGACAUAUGUAAAGUUUGAGUACAACUUUCAGUAUUGUUUGUAAGUGUAUAGUGUUUUGUUAUCUGUACUGUAUCUUAACACUUGUAUUGGUGUGUGUGUGUGUUCAUGUGAAAAUGAGUUUUGAGAAUGACAAUUUUCGACAUUCCUUUGAACUGAGGGAGCUAAUUGAGAUAAAGUAGUUCACCACUAAACCACUAAACUCAAUUUCCCAGAGUUCUUUGCUGCAGUGAGCCUGUGUUUUGUUCUGGUUGCUUUAGAGAGAUAGAUGUGACUGUUAGUAUGAUAGUGUACAGUGUAUGUGGUCUAUAAUAUCUGAGUGUGUGAAUGCAGAUUAGGUGUGAUGAAUGUUAUUCAACGUUAUCUAUCAGAAUUUAUUGUAGCUAGUUCUCUGAUUAUUUCAUUCUGGGAAGGUGUUUGGUGUUUUUCUUCUUCUUCUUCUUCUUUUUCAACAGGAAUUCAGUAGUUUAAAAUAUUUCCAGCACAGAUGUUAGUUUUCUUUGAUUUCGUAUCCACAGUGUUUGAUCAGUCUUCAGUAUUGUUUCAGACAUAUUGUACAUAUUCUAGUAGCUGUGUAUAUUAAUAUAUUGGGAGUGAGGCACUCAGUGUUCUGUCGCCCCAAGUCAAUUUCACUCUGUACUCCCUGAUGUCUUGGUUUGUUUUUCUUAUAAUAAACAUUAAAAUUUGUCAA